AUGUCGUACGAAUCCUUCUUCGCCUCCCGGGUCUACGCCAUCACCGGUGGGGCCAGCGGGAUCGGGCUCGCCACGGCGCGCCUCCUCGUGCAAUACGGCGCCAGUGUGUCCAUUGCCGACAUCCACGUGCGCGCGCCCGAGGAGCUAUUCGCGACCGGCGGCGGCGACGACACCACCCACGCCACCGCGCUGAGCCAACGCGUGCGUGUGCACAAAGUCGACGUGCGCUCGAGGCAGGACGUCGACGCCUGGAUCGCGGACACGGUGCGCGCGUUUGGCCGGCUCGACGGCGCGGCGAACCUCGCCGGCACGAUUCCUCGGGACCAUAAUGUCGGGGGUGUCGAGGAUAUGGAUGACGAGCAGUGGCGAUUCGUCAUGGACGUCAAUGUCUAUGGGGUGAUGAAUUGUAUGCGUGCAGAACUUGGGGCGUUGGGGAGAGCGGAGGGUACAAAUGUGUCAACGGUAGGGGAAGGGAAAGGGGAAGGGGAAACGAUGAACGCGCCACACGAUCCGGCAGAGGCGACGACGACGACGACGACGACGACGACGCGCGACCACUUUAGUAUCGUCAACGCGGGGAGUGGGUUGAGUGUGCGCGGCCGGGAAUACACGAGCGCGUAUACGGCGAGUAAGCAUGCGGUGUUGGGCCUGACGAGGUGUGCGGCCAAGGAGGUGGGCAAGAAGGGGGUGCGCGUGAACUGUAUUGCCCCGUAA